AUGCCGCCACCAGCCAAGCCUUUCCUCACCUUCGGCCUCCCCUUCCUCACCUUCAUGGUCGCAGGCCUUCAAGGACUCGCUUAUAUCAACCGCGGCCGCUACGAAGUCAAAGACGAGGUAGCAAAGCAGCAAGCCCUGAUGUCGACAGAAAACAAGGUUGUCCUUCCGCCGCGUCGUAACCUCGCAGAGCUUGAAAUCCCGCCCGUCACCGACUACGACAUCGUCCCCGUCCCGCGCCCGGAGUGA